UUUACAUUUUGUGCGACACGUGUUUUUAUUAACAUUUCUUGGUAAUUGUAAGGAUAAAUAAAAGGAAACUGUGGCAAAUGAGUUCUAGCAAGCUACCUCCUUUGACCUACAAGGUUGUCGCCGAAUGCUCCGUCUCAAAAGCGCGUGCAGGUCUAAUGACACUGAGGCACAGCGAAGUACGUACACCUGUAUUUAUGCCUGUGGGCACCCAGGGCACCAUGAAGGGUAUACUGCCAGAUCAGCUAAUCGAACUGGACUGCCAAAUAUUGCUUGGAAACACUUAUCAUUUGGGCCUUCGGCCUGGAAUUGAAACAUUGCAAAAGGCUGGUGGACUCCACAAAUUUAUGUCCUGGCCCAGGGCAAUCCUGACAGACUCUGGCGGCUUUCAGAUGGUCUCGCUGCUGCAGCUGGCGGAGAUCGAUGAGAAUGGCGUUAACUUUCGUUCGCCCUUCGAUAAUAGCGAAUGUAUGCUAACGCCCGAGCAUUCGAUGCAAAUCCAAAAUGCAAUUGGAGCGGAUAUAAUGAUGCAGUUGGAUGAUGUGGUGAAGACGACAACAACGGGGCCGAGAGUUGAGGAGGCAAUGGAGCGCACCAUACGCUGGGUGGAUCGCUGUAUUAAGGCACACACACGCGAUGACGAACAAUCCCUGUUUCCGAUUGUGCAGGGAGGAUUGGAGAUUCCUCUGAGAGAGCGCUGUGUCUCAGCGCUGAUGGAGAGGCAAGUGCGCGGCUUUGCGGUUGGCGGUUUGAGUGGUGGCGAGAGCAAGCACGACUUUUGGCGCAUGGUACACGUAUGCACGGAUCAUUUGCCCAAAGAUAAGCCCCGCUAUCUGAUGGGCGUGGGCUUUGCCGCGGACCUGGUCGUUUGUGUUGCGCUGGGCAUCGAUAUGUUCGAUUGCGUCUUUCCCACGCGAACUGCUCGCUUUGGUUGUGCCCUAGUGGACAGUGGACAGAUGAAUCUGAAGCAACAGAAGUAUAAGCACGAUAUGGAACCGAUUGACAAGCAAUGCAAUUGCAGUACCUGCAAAACGUAUACCCGCUCCUACCUGCAUCACAUAGCUACUAAUGAGAGCGUCUCGUGCUCGCUUCUUAGCGUUCACAAUGUGGCCUAUCAGCUUCGUCUGAUGCGUUCUAUGCGGGAAGCGGUGCAAGCGGAUGCCUUUCCACAAUUCGUAAAAGAUUUCAUGUCGCGUCAUUUCGGCAGCGAACCGAUCCCCAGUUGGAUUCGAGAGGCUUUGGCUGCGGUCAACAUAGAAUUGCCGCCAGAUGUAAAGGAGGAGCAAGCAGAGAACAGCUGAUCGCCAAAAUGAC